AUGGAAAAUGUUUGUGAACGUGGCUCCAGACUAAGAAGCGUGUCAGAAAAGUGUUGGGGUGCCACUAAUUAUUAUUCGGGAAAAGAGGCUGUUUUACGUGGCUACUCUAGGCCGGUUUGGCUAUGUUUUGGUCAUGCAAAAAAAUUGCAAGUGGAAAGUCAAAGGAGGUGCUGUUUUCCGAGUGAAAAUGCCUGCACGCAAAGGAACAAUUUACUGCCACGUCCGCAGAGGAUUCUCACCGUAGCAGCAAACCUAGAAAACUACCAAGGAGGUGCAUUUCUUUGCCAAGGCCACCUAAAUCUCGUGGACGAAGCUCCCAUAUUUACCAACCACGCUCUCUACAAACCCCCUACUACGAGAAAGGUAUGUUUCUUUUACACUCAAACAACAGUCAAAAUGUAGAGAAACAGGACAUACAUUCUUAGUUUGUUUUAGAAAAUAUUCAUAUUUUGCAUUAAAUUUUGCCCUAUACAUUUGUAGACAAAAUGUACUACUUCAGUUCUAUGUACUACCCCAGAAAAGAAAAUAACUUGGACGGAUGGAACCUCUCAGACCGCCCCUUUGCAGAGUGUUAAUGAGCUAGCAGAGGCAAAACAAUUAAUCACCAAAUUACAGCGCGAAAAUGCAGCAUUAAAAGAAAGAUGCAACAAGCUAGAAGGUAUUGUAUUGACGUACUCUUAAUUUCCACACAUUCAAAACAAAGACGACUAGUUUCAACCUUUAUUAGAAACAUUUUUUUUUAUUAAUUUUCAGAGCCAACUUUUGAUGAGCAGUUCAAAACGUUCCACAAGUGUCUCACUAAACAUUACAAGGAUGGAGGGCAGCGGCUAUACGACCCUGCAGACAUGGAAAAAUUUGCCAACAAGUGCACCCCUGGAUUGUUCAACCGUGCCUUGUGUCUAGUCAAGAAUGAUGAAAAACAACAGCUUUCUAAGAAAAGACAUGAAAUACUGAGACUGCGAGUUGUGGCACUGCUUCAUCAGCUGUCUUACUUUAGAAACCAAGUGUGUAUAAUAAUAAUAAAAAAUAAAAUAACAUAAUAAUACUAAUAAUGAUAAUGGUAAUGAUAAUGAUAAUAAUAAUAAUAGUAAUAAUAAUAAUAAUAAUAGUAAUAAUAAUAAUAAUAAUAAUAUCAGGAACCAUACUUUAGAAAGCCACUUAAAUUAAAUUAAACACCAUGGUGUGUAACAGACACAAGUGUUGCUUGUUUGUUUUCAACAGAAAAACAAUCCCUUACAACAAGACUGUGGGUUGCACUUGUCCUUUCAUGGUGCCAGUGAUGAUGCUUUGACAGCUGGCUCACUUCUAGGGUUUAGCACUCACCCGAGAAGUGUGCUAAAUCAUAAAAAAGGAUUGUCUGGAAAAAGCAUUCACAAGACACAAGCGAUCGUUGAGAGUGCCAUAAAGGUACAUGUAUUUACGAACUGAAACAAUUCAUUAUUAAACAUCUGCCACUGCACAACACCCUGGCCAAAACAAUAAGUUGACACAAGGUGAGGUGGCUGGAUGUAAAGAAGCAGGGGCUAAAUACAAGGGACAAGGACCAUGUAACAAGGAGACAAAAACAACAAAAAUAGAGUGAUUGUAUUUGAACCGUGAAACAGAUAUUAACAAACAGUGCAAAAUAGCAAGAGGUAAACAAAAGAAGACAAUGGAAUUAAUACAUAAUAGUGCGUAGUAUUCUUCUACCUGUUUCACGGUUUAAGUAAAACGACUUUAAUUUAUCAGUCUAUAGAUGUACACUGAUCCAGUUAAAAAUUUCCUCCCCAACAGAACAACAACUUCCUCCUGCUCAUUAUAGAUGAUUUUCAGUGUGUCCAGUCUAUAAAAGACCCCAAACAGAGCCAGCUGAGCAAGUGCCUUCACAUGUGUACUGGAGUAGUGGAUCACCAAGAAUCUAUACCGGCAAUGCCAACAACAAGAAAUGUCCACCGGGUUGUACCUGUCCGAAUUGCUGGGGGUGCAAUUGUUAACUGCCGGGGAGGAAUUGAUGCCAACAAAGUGAACGAGUUGUUUCAAGAGCAUUUGUCAAAUUAUUUUACAUUCAGUUAUUUAGACUCUCUACCUGCUGAUUUCAGCCAGUUUGACCUGACAAAUGUAAACAAAAGUUUAGUUGAAUUAAGGUAUGAUUUACAACAAAUCAGAAACCUAAAAGUCAAGGUAGUGGUCUAAUAGUCAUUGGGUGCCACAAGCUUGUACAAAAAGAAUAAUAUAACACUUUUAAGUAAUAGAUUUUAGUAAUGUAUUUCAUCCAAACUUUUCAUGUCAUUUAACACUUUGGCAUAAAUCAAUGCCACAGAAAUUUUACAAUUAACUGGCACCAUGAAUAUCUUUGUUAUAAAUUCCCCCUCAAAAAUGAAAUUGGCAACUCCCAAUGUCAAUAACUAGUUUUACAUACAGCGCAUCAUAAUUUUUUUCCACAUACCACUUUGCAUUGUCUCACAAUGUAGGAAUUUGAAAUGGAAAAUUUAAUAUUGAAUGGAUAAUUGACUUUCAAAAAAUGUUGCAUAAGGGUGCCAAAAAAGAGCAUGUAGAAUGUUUCAUGAUACAAACAAUAACAAAUACCUUGUAGAGUGUAUACAGAUGAGGCCAGACAUGACUUGGAUUUGCUGUCCAACACUUGGCUAGUUGACGAAUUUGAACAGUCCCUUAAGAGCAUGGCAAGUUAUAGACAAGCAAUGCAGCACCUCAAUGAAGUUUGCCCAUCACUAAGCGAAUACAUGGAAAAGAACCUACUGCUCUUAGCUGGUGAUUGGCCAACAUGGUACUACAACAAGAAGAUUAUAUGCCAGGUUUGGCUUAACAUUUUUAAAACACUUUUAGCAUAAGGAACAAUAAUGAGCAAGGGAUGGCACAAUGGUGAGAGCACUCGCCUCCCACCAAUGUGGCCUGGGUUCAAAUCCCAGCAUCGACGCCAUAUGUGGGUUGAGUUUGUUGUUGGUUCUCUCCUUUGCUCCGAGGGUUUUUUUUUUUCGCUGUGCACUCCGGUUUUCCCCUCUCCUCAAAAACUAACACUGCCAAAUUACAAUUCGACCGAGAAUUAGGUACACAAGGACCACUUUGUGGAUGUGCUACCUCUGAAUCAAUAUAUAUUUAAUAUAAUAUUCACAGUAUAUUUCUGAAGUGAAAUAUUUCAUGCGUAAUGGGCAGUGAAUAUUUUACAACAACUUCUCUGUACUUGGUCAGAUUGAAAAUCUUUGAACAGGUUAAAUUUCAUAGAAGACAUUUACAUAAAAUUCAGGGAAACUGAGCUGGUAGAAAUUUCGUAACUGCUUUGCGUGUGACUUCACGGCUCAUUACGCAUGGAAGAAUGCAGAGAUGAAUCUGAAAUCUACAACUACCAACGGAUUCAACUUUCGAAUAAUAAAUUCAUUAAUGUAAUCUUGGGGGUUAUGCUUGACUUGACUGUAACACAUUACAAAGGAAAAAAAAGUUUCAACCAAAGAUAAAAAUGAGCCACAACACAUACUCAAGGGUAAAUAUUAUUCAAAACUUGGGCAGUCCCAAUAAGAGAACUGCAUUUCAGGAGCAACAAAAAGAAACUACAGGUACGUAAACAAAUACACACUGAGAGAGUCCACUCUAGUUAAACAGAAAACAUUUACAUGUCUGUUAUUCUUAAUUACUUAAUAGUAAUUAAUAGUACAUAAAAUUUUAAAGUGAGAAUAAUUAUUUUUAUACUUUCAAAGUUUGAUUAUGAACAUUAGCUUAAAAAAAAGUUACUUACUCUACAGUGGAAACCCGAUGUUGACCCAGACAGAGUAUUGUCAGUGGUGCCAUGGCAGGGGCCCUUCCAUAUCUGCCUGAACUCACAAGAAGAUGUUGUGGCAAAUUUCCACUGUUUUUUUGAAAAGCUGUACAAACACUCGUUUGGUCAAAGAAAAGUGUUGCCUUCCAAGCCUAAACCACACAGAAUUUCGACUCUCAUCACUACAGCAUUUGGUGGAUGGCUGACUGUAAAAACCGCUGUUCUGCCUGCAUUUGGACAAUGCAAAGACCCAGAAUAUGUCCUUCUUGUGUUUCUCCUGGAUGAAUUGGUUCCACUUGUGUUUUACUUUUAUUCAGUUAUCUUUCGAGGUGGUGACCAAAGGAAGUGGGUUGAUGCCAUGAUAAGGUUAGCCCUCAUGUUUAUCAUCCAAAGGCGGCGUCACUAUGACAAGGCCACCCUGUGUCAGUUGAGCGACCUUGUACACCAGCAAGAGGCCAUUCCCAACUUCCAGGAGCUACUGGAGCAAUGGCUCAAUGAGCUAACAGAAAAGAAAGUGGAAGUUUUCCAUUCACUUCUUCGAAGGUAACAUAAAUGUACCUAGGAAAUUCAAGUGCAUAAACGGUUUGUCAAACAUUACCCAGUAUAACAGACAGAUCCUAAUAAUGUGCAAUAUUGCCCCAGGGGCAACAUGUUUUUUAACAAUGCCACAUAUUUUUUUUACCUGCAAAGUUCCUAAAUGUGGUUUGAAUAAAACUAUUUUUCAUCUGUGUGCUGUUGUUUUAAAUGAAAUUAGUCGAGGCCACAGCCCUUGAUAUGACUGUCAAAUGACAGACAAUGUCAGCGUGCAAAGACAGUUGUGUCCGAUAGCCCACGGCUAGUGGAUUUUGCUAUUGGGCUAGUGAUUCUUGUUCUUAACUUGCCCAACAGGCAAGUGCUGUUUUUUAGGCAAAUUCAAAUUACAGAAGGAUUGGAAUCAAUCCUGCUAAUCAAAAAGGGUUUUACGGCUAGUUGAAAUGACUGGUGGGCUAGUAAAUGCUAGCUACAGCUGCGGCAUCUGUAAAACUGAGUUUCUUUGCACCCUGGAAUGUCAAGGAAAAUAAACUUUUGAAAAAUUCAAAUAAGCCAAAAGUGUUACAUUAAUUUCAGCUAAGUCACUAAGAUAUUUCAUUGUCCUUGAAUUGUCAGAUCAGUUCCUCCAAAUGCCACAGCCAGCCAAGUUCAGGCAGCUGCAAAGGCCAUAAGUGCAAACAGAUGUGCAGAAGACUUUUGUACCUGGUUCCUUACCAAUAAUCCAAGAGGCACGGUGUCCGAACCUAAGGGACCUAUCAAACAAAGCAGCUGA